AUGGACAAAAUCAUAAAAACCCAAAGAGCAAUGGAAAGACAAAUGUUGCAAAUAAGACUAAUGGAUAAGAAGAGAAACGAGUGGAUAAGAGAGAAAACAAAAGUGAGGGUUGUUAGACAAGAAGUUGCAAAAUUGAAAUGGAGAUUUGCCGGACACAAUAUAAGACAAAAAGCAGACCGAUGGAACAAAAUUCUUAUAACCAAAGAAUCCUGGCUUGAGAAUUUAUAUAAAGAAAUAGACCUUCAAAAAAAGAAUGACAGUUUCAACCUCCACAAGAAACUUAAAUAUACUGCCGGAAUUAGAAAACAGAAAAAUGCUCACAUACUUAAAAGCGCGGACGGAAAGAUUUAUAAUCACGAACAACAGUGCAAAUAUUGGGAGAGAUGCAUCACUGACCUUGUUGACGAUGCUUCUAGAGAAAAUGCUCCAAAUACUGCCUGUGACAACCAGUUAGACAGAGGUCCCAGUAUACUGAAUUUGGAAGUCAAAAAGGCAAUACAGCAAGCCAAAAACAAUCAAGCACCUGGACCAGAUCAAAUCCCUGCUGAGCUACUUAAACUUUUGGAUGAGGAAAGCAUUGCCUGCUUAACCACUUUCUUCAACAAAAUUUACAACGAAGGAAAAAUACCAGAUGAUUGGAUAGAGUCACUGUUUAUAACAUUACCAAAGAAAAGCAGGCCCACCAAAUGCAGCGAUUUUAGACUAAUCAAUUUGAUGAGUCACACACUGAAGAUACUCUUACGAAUUAUACAAAACCGAGUAUUCCUUCUAUGCGAAAAUAGGAUGGGUAAUAAGCAAUUUGGAUUUAGAAACGGUCCAGGAACUAGAGAGGCACUAUUCUCUAUGCGCAUUCUAUUACAAAAAAGUUGUGAAUUCCGUAAGAAUAAGGCGUUCGACAGAGUACAACACGAUACACUUUUCGAUUGCCUACUGGCAGCAGGACUUGACCACUAUGAUAUAAGACUGCUGAAAUACUUAUAUUACAAUCAAGUAGCCUCUAUCCAAAUUGGAGACAGUCCGACUGAAAAAACAUCCAUCAAACGUGGAGUACGGCAGGGUUGUGUUUUGUCACCCACUUUUUUUAAUCUGUACUCUAAAGAAAUCUUUAGGGAGGCUUUGGAUGACAGACAAGAGGGAGUAAGACUAGGUGGUGAAGUAAUCAAGAAUAUUAGAUACGCUGACGAUACAGCCAUUCUUGCAGAAAAUUUACAAGAUCUAAAAACAUUACUAAAUCUAACAAAGUGGAUGGUAGUUGGAAAGAUCAAUAUAGAUCAAGGUCUGAUUUCUCUUAAUGGAGAGGAGAUCGAAAGGGUAAAUCAUUUCAAAUACCUUGGCAGCUGGUUAAAUGUAAAUUGUGACUCUGAUGAAGAGAUAAUAACCAGGAUCGAAAUAUCACGUAAGGCUUUUAUGACGUGGAAACCAGUUUUAUGCAACGCAAACCUGUCGAUGAAUAUUCGUAAGAAGGUCCUGAAAUGUUAUGUGUGGUCCAUCCUAUUAUAUGAUUGUGAGACAUGGACGUUAAAAACCACAAUACUAAACAAACGAAUCCUAAAGAUAUCGUGGGUUUCGCACACUUCCAAUGAAGAUGUUCGUCAAAUGAUCAAUUCAGAACGUCUGCUCAUAAACACCAUAAAGAGGAGAAAAACAGAAUACUUCGGCCAUAUAAUUAGAGGACCUAAAUACCACCUACUUCGCCUUAUCAUACAAGGAAAAGUGGAAGGAAAGAAAUGGAUUCGUCGAAAGAAACUUUCGUGGCUGCGUAAUAUUAGACAAUGGUGUGGUUCCACAGUAGAAGAAUUAUUUCGCGCAGCCGACAGAGAAAGGUUUCAAGAAAUUGUAAACAUGAUGACGGCCAACGUCUGA